GCUUGGAGCAGCAGGAGGCCUGGGCCCAUAGCCGGAGGCGGGACUUCCGGUCCCGCUGGCGACCGCGGCCCGCGCCAGGCGGAAGCGCGGCUCCGGGCCAGCAUCGGCGAGCUCCGGCUGGAGCAGAGUUCGGAGCCUCAGUGUCCGGGACGCCUGCGGUCGGUGUGGAUGCUCCUUCGGCGCUGCGUCCCGGAGGCCGGGGAGGCACGCGCGAGCCGGCGCGGCGGGGGAGCAGGGACCCCGGGGCUUCUGAGGAUGAAGACCCAGCUUGGUUGUUGACUCCCGUGUAGUCAUUGAUGUGCCAACUGUCACAGCAGCGUCACUGGAAAAGAGGUUGGCCCCGAGCUUCAGUGGCCGCAGAAGACUCCAGACUGAGGACCUGUAGAGAUGAGCUGUACUCUGGGAUUGGCAGUAAGGUGAAUCAUGUGACGCUCCAGCCACGGUGUCCAUCCAUGUGGAAGGACCAAGAAAUCAGGCAUGGCUGUGAUCAGCGGAAGUGACUCUGUGCUUCUGAGCAGUGGCAGCAUUUCAACCAGCACCACCAACCCCAGCCCCCUGUCCCCCAGCGAUGGAGACCUCACAGCCCAGCAGCUCGCACCCAGAACAAAAGCAAGUCCAAAUGGAUGCCUGCAACUUAAUGGCACAGUUAAGUCAUCCUUUCUGCCUUUAGACAACCAAAGAACACCUCAGACGCCAGCUCAGUGCUGCCACCCUUGUCCAUACCAUCAUCCUGUGAGCAGCCAUACCAGUCAGCAAGAGUGCCAUUGCGAGGCUGGCCUUGCAGCCUCCUCUGCUUUGGCCCCGUGUUGCAUGCAGCCACAUUCCGAGUACUCCGCAUCUCUGUGUCCAAACCAUUCACCUGUGUAUCAGGCUGCGCACUGCCUUCAGCCCUCGCAGUCUUUCUGCCUUCAUCACCCGUGGCCUGACCAUUUCCAGCAUCAACCUGUACGGCAGCACUUGGCCAUCAUCAGGCCGUCUAGACCUUUCAAGCUCCCGAGAAGUUACGCAGCUCUGCUAGCCGACUGGCCUGUGGUGGUCCUGGGCAUGUGCACGCUGCUCAUCGUGGUCUGUGCCCUGGUGGGGGUCCUAGUCCCGGAGCUCCCCGACUUCUCGGACCCGCUGCUGGGUUUUGAACCAAGAGGGACUGCAAUAGGACAGAGGCUGGUCACGUGGAAUAACAUGAUGAAAAACACAGGAUACAAAGCAACACUGGCGAACUAUCCUUAUAAGUAUGCAGAAGAGCAAGCCAAAAGCCACCGGGAUGACAGAUGGUCGGAUGAUCAUCAUGAGAGAGAGAGAAGAGAUGUAGACUGGAACUUCCAGAAAGACAGCUUCUUCUGCGAUGUGCCGAGUGACGGCUACUCCAGAGUAGUGUUCGCCUCAGCAGGAGGGGAGACUCUGUGGAAUUUACCUGCCAUUAAGUCAAUGUGUGAUGUGGAUAAUUCCAGGAUCAGAUCUCACCCCCAGUUCAGCGACCUCUGCCAGAGGACCACUGCCGUCUCCUGCUGCCCCAGCUGGACCCUGGGGAAUUACAUUGCCAUUCUGAAUAACAGAUCAUCCUGUCAGAAGAUUGUCGAGCGAGAUGUCUCUCACACGCUGAAGCUGCUCCGGACCUGUGCUAAGCACUACCAAAACGGCACGCUGGGGCCCGACUGCUGGGACAAGGCGGCCAGAAGGAAGGACCAGCUCAAGUGCACCAAUGUGCCGCGCAAGUGUACCAAAUACAACGCCGUGUACCAGAUUCUCCACUACCUGGUAGAUAAGGACUUCAUGACCCCAAAGACGGCCGACUACGCUGUGCCAGCUUUAAAGUACAGCAUGCUCUUCUCCCCGACAGAGAAAGGGGAGAGCAUGAUGAACAUUUACCUGGACAAUUUUGAAAACUGGAACUCUUCGGACGGCAUCACCACCGUCACCGGGAUCGAGUUUGGCAUCAAGCACAGCUUGUUUCAGGAUUACCUCCUCAUGGACACCGUGUACCCUGCCAUAGCCAUCGCCAUCGUCCUGCUCAUCAUGUGUGCCUACACCAAGUCCAUGUUCAUCACACUGAUGACGAUGUUUGCCAUCAUCAGCUCGCUGAUUGUCUCCUACUUCCUCUACCGCGUCGUAUUUAACUUUGAGUUUUUCCCUUUUAUGAACCUCACCGCGCUCAUCAUCCUGGUCGGGAUCGGCGCAGACGAUGCUUUCGUCUUGUGCGACGUCUGGAACUACACCAAGUUCGACAAACCUCGUGCGGAAACAUCAGAGGCGGUGAGCGUCACCUUGCAGCAUGCGGCCCUCUCCAUGUUUGUCACCAGCUUCACCACUGCCGCCGCCUUCUACGCUAACUACGUCAGCAACAUCACAGCAAUCAGGUGCUUCGGGGUCUAUGCAGGGACCGCUAUAUUGGUGAAUUAUGUCCUGAUGGUCACCUGGCUCCCGGCUGUCAUUGUUCUGCAUGAGCGCUACCUCCUCAAUAUAUUCACCUGCUUCAGAAAGCCCCAGGCACAAGCCUAUGACAAGAGCUGCUGGACAGUGCUCUGGCAGAGGUGCCGCAAGGCGCUGUUUGCCAUUUCCGAAGCCUCUCGGAUUUUUUUUGAGAAGGUGCUGCCUUGCAUCGUCAUUAAGUUUCGCUACCUUUGGCUCAUCUGGUUCCUUGCCCUAACUGUGGGCGGGGCCUACAUCGUGUGCAUAAACCCAAAGAUGAAACUGCCUUCCUUGGAGCUCUCGGAGUUCCAGGUGUUCAGGUCCUCGCAUCCCUUCGAGCGCUACGAUGCUGAGUUUAAGAAGCUUUUCAUGUUUGAGCGGGUUCACCAUGGAGAGGAGCUCCAUAUGCCGAUCACGGUAAUCUGGGGUGUGUCCCCAGAAGACAGCGGUGACCCUCUGAACCCCAAGAGCAAAGGGGAGCUGACACUAGAUAGCACAUUUAACAUUGCUAGCCCGGCCUCCCAGGCCUGGAUUUUACACUUCUGUCAGAAGCUGAGGAACCAGACCUUCUUCCACCACACCGAGCAGCAGGACUUCACCAGCUGCUUCAUCGAGACCUUCAAACAGUGGAUGGAGAACCAGGACUGUGACGAGCCCGCCCUGUACCCCUGCUGCAGCCACUGCAGCUUCCCCUAUAAGCAAGAGGUUUUUGAGCUGUGCAUCAAGAAGGCCAUCAUGGAGCUGGACAGGAGCACAGGGUACCACCUGAAUAACAAGACCCCUGGGCCAAGGUUCGACAUCAACGACACCAUCAGGGCCGUGGUGCUGGAGUUCCAGAGCACCUUCCUCUUCACCUUAGCCUACGAGAAGAUGCAGCAGUUCUACAAGGAGGUGGACUCGUGGAUUUCCCACGAGCUGAGUUCGGCACCCGAGGGCCUCAGCCGCGGCUGGUUUGUCAGCAACCUGGAGUUCUAUGACCUGCAGGACAGCCUUUCUGACGGCACCCUCAUUGCCAUGGGGCUCUCGGUGGCCGUCGCUUUUAGUGUGAUGCUGCUGACCACGCGGAAUAUCAUCAUAAGCCUGUACGCCAUCAUCUCCAUAGCGGGAACCAUAUUUGUCACAGUUGGGUCGCUCGUCCUGCUGGGCUGGGAACUGAAUGUGUUGGAGUCUGUCACCAUCUCUGUCGCGGUCGGCCUGUCUGUAGACUUUGCCGUCCACUAUGGGGUGGCCUAUCGCUUGGCUCCAGACCCCGACCGAGAAGGCAAAGUCAUCUUCUCUCUGAGCCGUAUGGGCUCUGCGAUAGCCAUGGCUGCCCUGACCACCUUCGUGGCUGGGGCCAUGAUGAUGCCCUCCACAGUCCUGGCUUACACACAGCUGGGCACGUUCAUGAUGCUGGUCAUGUGCGUCAGCUGGGCCUUCGCCACCUUCUUCUUCCAGUGCCUGUGUCGGUGCCUGGGGCCGCAAGGCACCUGUGGCCAGAUCCCGUUACCUAAGAAGCUCCAGUGCAGUGCCUUUUCCCACACUUUGUCUGCAAGGCCUGGGGACAGGGGACCAAGCAAAACACACACCACCAGUGCUUAUAGCGUAGAUGCCAGGGGCCAGAAAUCCGAACUGGAACACGAGUUUUACGAGUUACAACCCCUGGCAUCCCACAGCUGCACUUCCUCAGAGAAGGCCGCUUUUGAAGAGCCACGCACCUGCUCGGAAUUUUUCAAUGGCCAAGCAAAGGAUUUAAGGGUGCCCGUGCCUGCAGCCUACAGUGAACUCACCAAGAGCCCCAGGAGUGAGCCAGACUCAGCCUUGUUGCAGCCCUGUCUGGAGCAGGACACCGUGUGUCACUUCUCUCUCAGUCCACGAUGUAACUGCCCAGAUGCCUAUACACACUUAAAGUACAGAUUGCCAGAAGUCCACUGCCAGCAGGUGGGUGGCUCCUUAUGCCACAGGUGUGCCUCCACUGCAGGCAGCUUUGUCCAGAUUCAGAAUGAGGUGGCUCCUCUGAAGGCCACACACCGAGCCGCCGAGGGCCUUCUGCAUCCUGUCCAGCACAUGCUGCCACCAGGGAUGCAGAAUUCUCGGCCUAGUAAUUUUUUUCUUCACCCAGUGCAGCACUUUCAGGCCCAAGAAAACCUCAGUCCUGCCAGCACACACGGCCCGGAGGAGCGUCUUCCCAGGACAGCAGAGCUGUCGCUGUCUGCCAGCGGGAGCACUGAGUCUUUCCAAAGAGCUUGUCGCAAUCCUGAGACUAACCAAAGGAGACUCUGCAAAGGUAGAGACACAGGGGACACAGAGGGCAGUGGAGGGACAGAAACCAAGGUUUCUAGUUUACCAGAGCAGACUGACAAGGAGGAGAGGAAGGGGGAGCUAAGGCUGCUGCAGACCGAUGGAACUGUGAACUCAGAACAUUUCAAUCAUAAUGAACCAAAUUUUAUAUUCAGCCAUUUACUAGGGGAGGCUGGCUGCAGCUCCUGCCCAAACAGUCCACAGAGUUGCAGAAGCAUUGUGAGAUUGAAGUGCAGGUCCACGGACUGCCAGAUGCCAAACCUUGGAACCAAUGUGCCUGCUGUACCAACACACCCAGACCUGCCUGGCGAGAGUCUGUUAAUAAAAACACUAUAAUAAACCUAGCAUUGCAUUCCAAA